AUGGCGAUCCUUGAUCCAAACAAUGAAACUGAGGCUCAGCCGGACAGACCUACUCCCGUCGCCGGCGUCGAUCCUAGAAUCAAUUUGAGUUGUCCUUUCUACAUGCAUCCGUCAGAUAAUCCAGGUGCAAUGUUGGUUACGACUCUGUUCAGCGGGAUUGGUUACAGAUCCUGGAGGAGAAGUGUCCUUAGGGCUUUAUCGGUCAAAAAUAAGGUAGGAUUUAUCACUGGAGAAUAUAAGCGACCAGACCUAGAUUCCCCACAAUUUCGUCAAUGGGAGAGGUGUGAUGAUAUGGUAACCUCUUGGAUUCUCAAUUCUCUAUGCAAAGAUAUCGCUGACAGUGUGGAAUAUGCUAAUAAUGCCUUUGAGUUGUGGAGAGAGUUAGAGGACAGGUACGAUCAGACAAAUGGUACUAAGUUGUACCAAAUCCAAAAGGAAAUUAACGAUUUGUCCCAAGGUGUGCUUGAUAUUACUGGGUAUUAUACGAAGAUGAAGAAACUUUGGGAGGAAUUGAACAUGAUAAGUGCUAAAUCGCAGUGCACCUGCCAAUGUACAUGCGGAGCUAAGGAAAAUAUGCACAAAUCUGAGCAAGACAGAAGACUCAUCCAAUUCCUUAUGGGAUUGAACGAGGUAUACACCACAGUGCGGGGCAGCAUACUCAUGAUGAAUCCUUUACCAUCCAUGGCACAGGCUUUUUCCCUGCUCAUUUAA